CGCGACCGUCCGACCCUCGGUCCCCGGGCUCGCCCGCAGGCCGCCGCCCGCCGCCAUGGGGCUGAAGGCCGCCCAGAAGACGCUCUUCCCGCUGCGCUCCAUCGACGACGUGGUCCGCCUCUUCGCCGCCGAGCUGGGCCGGGAGGAGCCGGACCUGGUGCUCCUGUCCUUGGUCCUGGGCUUCGUGGAGCACUUCCUGGCCGUCAACCGGGUCAUCCCCACAAACGUGCCCGAGCUCACCUUCCAGCCCAGCCCCGCGCCCGACCCCCCGGGGGGCCUCACCUACUUCCCCGUGGCCGACCUGUCCAUCAUCGCCGCCCUCUAUGCUCGCUUCACCGCCCAGAUCCGCGGCGCCGUCGAUCUGUCCCUUUACCCCCGGGAGGGGGGUGUCUCCAGCCGGGAGCUGGUGAAGAAGGUGUCUGAUGUCAUCUGGAACAGCCUCAGCCGCUCCUACUUCAAGGACAGGGCCCACAUCCAGUCCCUCUUCAGCUUCAUCACAGGUUGGAGCCACGCAGGCACCAAGCUGGACAGCUCCGGCGUGGCUUUUGCCGUGGUCGGGGCCUGCCAGGCCCUGGGUCUGCGGGAUGUCCACCUGGCAUUGUCAGAGGACCACGCCUGGGUUGUGUUUGGGCCCAAUGGGGAGCAGACAGCUGAAGUCACCUGGCAUGGCAAGGGCAAUGAGGACCGCAGGGGUCAGACAGUCAACGUGGGCGUGGCUGAGCGGAGCUGGCUGUACCUGAAAGGAUCAUACAUGCGCUGUGACCGGAAGAUGGAGGUGGCAUUUAUGGUGUGCGCGAUCAACCCUUCCAUUGACCUGCACACUGACUCACUGGAGCUGCUGCAGCUGCAGCAGAAAUUGCUGUGGCUGCUCUAUGACCUGGGACACCUGGAAAGGUACCCGAUGGCACUGGGGAACCUGGCAGAUCUGGAAGAGCUGGAGCCUACACCUGGCCGGCCAGACCCACUCACCCUCUACCACAAGGGCAUCGCCUCAGCUAAGACCUACUACCGGGAUGAGCACAUCUACCCCUACAUGUACCUGGCCGGCUAUCACUGUCGCAAUCGCAAUGUCCGUGAGGCCCUGCAGGCCUGGGCCGACACAGCAACUGUCAUCCAAGACUACAACUACUGCCGGGAGGACGAGGAGAUCUACAAGGAGUUUUUCGAGGUAGCCAAUGAUGUCAUCCCCAAUCUGCUGAAAGAGGCAGCCAGCCUGCUGGAGGCCAGUGAGGAGCGACCGGGGGAGCAGACGCAGGGCACACAGAGCCAGGGCUCUGCCCUUCACGACCCUGAGUGCUUCGCCCACCUACUGCGUUUCUACGAUGGCAUCUGCAAAUGGGAAGAGGGAAGCCCCACACCUGUGCUGCACGUGGGCUGGGCCACCUUCCUGGUACAGUCCCUGGGCCGAUUUGAGGGACAGGUGCGGCAGAAGGUGCGCAUUGUCAGCCGCGAGGCCGAGGCGGCCGAGGCAGAGGAGCCGUGGGGCGAGGAGGCCCGGGAAGGCCGUCGCCGAGGACCCCGGCGGGAGUCCAAGCCUGAAGAGCCGCCACCGCCAAAGAAGCUGGCCCUGGACAAGGGGCCUGGCACAGGGCAGGGUGCAGUGCCGGGACCACCCCGGAGGCCCCCAGCCACUGGCCCUGGCCCUACCCGUGGCCCUGAGGCCAGCAGCGCGACUCCAGUACCUGUGCCUGCUGUGUCACCACCCCCGGAGGGUCCAGUGCUCACGUUCCAGAGUGAGAAGAUGAAGGGCAUGAAGGAGCUGCUGGUGGCCACCAAGAUCAACUCGAGCGCCAUCAAGCUGCAGCUCACCGCGCAGUCCCAGGUGCAGAUGAAGAAGCAGAAGGUGUCCACGCCCAGUGACUACACACUCUCUUUCCUCAAGCGGCAGCGCAAGGGUCUCUGA